UUUCCCCGGAAACUUGUUUUUGCUCGAAAAACGCUGCGUUUUCCUCAGGGUUUAAUGCUGACGUGUGGAGUCACGUCAUUCUUGUCCUUUGCUGAAAUGGAAAAGAGCUCCCUCGUUUAUGCACAUUUUUAUUUAUGCCGAGUCCCUGUGCUUUAAGAAUUCCAACUGCAAGUCUGCAAUGCUACUUUAAACUGGGACCCGGAUAAGAAAGAUUUAGACUUUGGGGUCUGAAAUGCUUAAAAGAGAAAAGUUGAAGGACUAUCUAGCGAAUAAAGGUGAAUUCUAACUGAACUAACGGUUGGGAGAAGAGCAGUGGAAGCUGAUAGGAUAAAACAUAAGACCCGCCACACUUUGUUUAGGAGACAUUACAUGGAAGUCAUCAGUUUCUGAUUUUGAAAGUCUCAAUCUUGUCGUUGCAUUUUGUUGGGAAGCCAUUCCAUUUGUAAAUGGCAGAGUUGUUGCAGCACCCAUGUAGCAAAUUCAUCUUCAGUUCCAUCAAAACCGAGUGGAAAGCCAAAAGAGAAACCAGGGCGAGAUGUUGUUGCCCAAGAUCGAGAACCUCUAUGUGUGUGCAAACUGAGGAUAAGCAUCGAACCGUGGUUAGAAAAGGGAAUGAUUCGAUAGAUAUUUGCCGGGUCGUCAACGGGAUGUGGCAGACGAGUGGUGGAUGGGGUAGCAUGGACAGAGAUAAUGCAGUCGAUGCCAUGCUUCGAUAUGCUGAUGCCGGACUUAACACCUUUGACAUGGCUGAUAUAUAUGGACCUGCUGAAGAUUUGUAUGGCAUCUUCAUCAAUCGAGUUCGAAGGGAACGUCCACCAGAAUUCUUGGAGAAGAUCAGAGGGCUCACUAAAUGGGUGCCGCCUCCGGUUAAGAUGACCAGUGGUUUUGUUAGGGAGGCUAUCAAUGUUUCAAGGAAGAGAAUGGAUGUAGCUUCGUUGGACAUGCUUCAGUUUCAUUGGUGGGAAUAUUCCAAUCCUGGUUACCUUGAUGCAUUAAAGCACCUGACGGAUCUGAAAGAAGAAGGUAAGAUAAAGACUGUUGCCUUGACUAAUUUUGAUACAGAGAGAUUACAAAUUAUUCUUGACCAUGAAAUUCCGGUUGUUAGCAAUCAGGUACAACAUUCAAUCAUCGACAUGCGCCCUCAACAGAAGAUGGCAGAGCUUUGUCAACUCACAGGGGUGAAACUUAUAACAUACGGCACAGUAAUGGGUGGUCUCUUAUCCGAGAAGUUCCUUGACACCAACUUGGCAAUCCCUUUUGCGGGUCCUCCAUUAAACACUCCUUCCCUGCAGAAGUACAAAAGGAUGGUUGAUGCAUGGGGAGGGUGGAGUCAAUUCCAAGCUGUGCUUCAGACACUGAAGAAAGUAGCUUCUAAACAUGGGGUCAAAAUUCCCACUGUAGCUGUGAAAUACAUACUGGAUCAACCUGCGGUAGCAGGAUCCAUGGUAGGUGUUAGACUCGGUCUUUCGGAACAUAUUAAGGAUUCGAACGAUAUAUUUUCCCUUGUUCUCGACGAGGAGGAUGUAGCCAGCAUACAGGAAGUUUCCAAAAGAGGCAGAGAUCUCCUUAAAGUGAUAGGUGACUGUGGAGAUGAGUACAGGCGUGCGUGAAGACUCUUGUUUGCAGGUUGCACAGCGUUUGAAGGAUAUUGAGCUCCUAGUGUAUUUUGUUAUAGUUUGUAAAUCCACCACAAAUGAUGCUGCUCGUCAUGUAACGCACAUUUAUCAGCAAAUUUUGUAUCUCCCAUAAACUACUCUAUAAAGCUUUUCUCUAUUGUUGACUCAA